UUUCAGGGCUUCUCUUGCCCCUGCCGGCGACCCGGAAGGACUCGCGUUAGGACGCCUUCACUUCUGACGGUGUCUCCAGGUAGCAGGGAGGCCUCGGCUCCUGAGGCGCAGGCUCCAGGCUGCGAGGGGGGAGUCAUGUUGGAAGAAGCCGUGAGCCGAGAGCCCCAGUCCUUGAAGACGACGGCCCUGAGAGUGUUCCACCUCCCGCUGGCCUGGUGCCGCUCCCUGAUCCAGAUCAGGUUUUCUCCUGGGGUUAAGAAGCUGUUUGCAGUGACCGCGGUCAGCGCCGUGUCGAUCCUUUUUCUGGCCCAUCACUUUAAAAGAAGAAGGGGAAAGAAAAAAAGGAAAGGGUUGCCAUGGGAACCUGGGCAUCUUGCCCUGGAGUGUGCCAAAACAGCAGCGUCUGACAAAGGCUCCAGCUGUUCCAGCAGCCGGCAGAACCUGACCCUGUCUCUGAGCUCGGCCAAGGACCGCGGCUCCCAGUCCGGGCUCUUCCCCAACGGGGGCCUCUUCAGCAAGUGCUCCGGCUCCGCCCAGAGCCUGGCCUCGGUCCAGAGCGCCAAUUCCUGCCAUAGCUGCGCUUGCGGCAACUCCAGCUCCUGGGACAAAACAGACGAAGAGGAUCUAAAGCUGGUCAACAUCCCCGUGACCACGCCCGAGAACUUGUACCUGAUGGGUAUGGAGCUGUUUGAGGAGGCCCUGCGGCGGUGGGAGCAGGCGCUGACCUUCCGCAGCCGACAGGCCGAGGACGAAGCCGGCUGCGGCGCCAUCAAGCUGGGCGCGGGCGACGCCAUCGCCGAGGAGAGCGUCGAGGACAUCAUCAGCGCCGAGUUCAUCCACAAGCUGGAGUCGCUGCUGCAGAGGGCUUACCGCCUCCAGGAGGAGUUUGAGGCCACGCUGGGGGCCUCGGAUCCCAGCUCCCUCGCCGACAUCGACAGAGACACGGACAUCACCGUGCGGGCAGACGACCUGGGCCUCCGAGACUCGCUGAGCAUCGCCUCCACCGACUCCUUCGUUUCAGCCGCGGAGCCUGUCCCCCAGCUCACAGACCACCGGGAGGGGCGGCCCCCGUACAGCCUGGACGCCCUCUGCCGCUGCCCCUUGUAUGAAGAGGCCAUGCACCUGGUGGAAGAGGGGAAAAUCUACUCUAGGGUCCUCAGAACUGAGAUGUUGGAGUGCCUGGGAGACAGUGACUUUCUGGCCAAGCUGCACUGUAUCCGGCAGGCUUUCCAGGUCAUUCUUUCAGAAACGGCCAACAGGACGUUUCUGGCCGAGAGCGGCAGGAAGAUUCUGUCAGCUUUAAUCGUGAAGGCGCGAAAGAACCCUAAGAAAUUUGAAGAUGUUUUUGAUGAAAUGAUCUGUUUUUUAGAGCAGACAGACCACUGGGAGAGCACCGAGGGGGAGCUGGCCGCCAGGGGGGUGAAAAAUCUCAAUUUCUAUGAUAUUGUCCUGGAUUUCAUACUAAUGGAUUCCUUUGAAGACUUGGAAAACCCGCCCACCUCCAUCCAGAACGUGGUCAAUAACCGCUGGCUGAACUCCUCCUUCAAAGAAACGGCGGUGGCGUCCAGCUGCUGGUCAGUGCUCAAGCAGAAGAGGCAGCAGAUGAAGAUUCCGGAUGGCUUCUUUGCCCACUUCUACGCCAUUUGUGAGCACGUCAGUCCUGUCUUAGCCUGGGGCUUUUUGGGCCCGAGAAACUCCCUCUAUGAUUUAUGUUACUUCUUUAAGGACCAAGUCCUCUACUUCCUCAAAGACAUCUUUGACCUGGAGAAGGUCCGCUACUCCAGCAUGGAGACCCUGGCCGAGGACCUGAUGCAGCUGCUGAUGCGUCGCACCGAGCUCCUGAUGGCGUACCUGGGCACCGAUGCCCUGAGACACGCCAACAGCUGUGUCAGUAGCCACAGCCACACUGUGCCCAGCGGCCUGGUGGAAGCCAGAGUCCAGUGAGGGGGGACGUGCAUGUGGCUGGGCCGCGGGGUAGAAUCUCGAGGGAUGAAUGAUGGAUGGAUGGACACAGGGGCUGGACACGCCUGGGAGAGGGCUGUCAUCCCAUCUCCGAAAUGUGCGUUCACGGUUGCUCUUGUGAGUGAAGACCGCCCUUGGUCUUUGGAGGCAAUUGGUCGAGCCCUCAGAGGACUCAUUCUCCAAAGCCUUGCCACGGCACAUGGCAGCCGGGUCACUGCUUCAGUCCCGGGGCCCCCAGCUUCCCUUUGGGGCCCGCCAUCAUCCAUCAGGUCUUGGUGACCAUGCAUUUUACUUUGUUGAAAAGGCAUCUGUACAUAUCUGCUGUUGAGUGAUGCAGGAAGUAGGAAUAAUCACAGUUAGGCGGUAGCAAUGUGCUGUGUGUGUCCUAAUCGCCGAGGGGCCGUGGCUUCUCCCGAGUGCUGAUGGGCUUCAUGUCUGAGAUUUGGCCCUUGUGGGGUCUCCCCAGGGGAUUUCUCGGGCUGUUUGCUCCCAAUUCUGUGUGUUACAAUCAAGAGGGCAAAGCCCCCCCCCCCCCCUUCCUCCUUUCUCUUGGGUUCAGGCAACCCCUUCAUGAGCUCCCGGGUGUGUCGGGUUGAGAAGCUGGUGGGAUUGCAUGAUCCCAUGCAGGGAACACCUCCCGCGCCCUGGCACGGGACGGCUUCUGGUAGGGUUCUUGUAGGGAAAAGACAGACUUCUGGCAGAUUUCUUUCUCAUGGUGGCUUUUUUCCUCCAACUUUCACCUGUGAAUAUUUCCAGUCCGAGGAGAUUUGGUCUCUUUAGGAUCCUCAGGAUGGCUGCACAAACCCUGCCCUUUCUCCCAUUUGCUGCUUCUUCGGCUCACUUAGCGGUACUGGGGGAUGGGUGGGAGGCCCCCCCCCAGGAGGGCUCCGUUGUCCCCCCCCCCCCAGUUCUUUUUUGUUCACCAUAAGGUGGUCUCUGCUUAGGUGACCUAGAGUGGUUUUAAAGCAGCAUUUUAGAUGAAAGUGCCUGAUUUCUCCUCAUUGAGGUGUCAGCGUGAAGCGUGGAAAUCAGAAUCAUGGUUUUUGAGUGAGACGGCAGAGCGCUGACAUAACGGAGAUGGCUUCUGGAACAGGACGGCGGGACAUGGCGAACGCUGGCACUGGCCUGGGUUCAUCCGGCAGACAAGACGCCCGCUUCGCUCAGUUCUAGCUCUCCAUUCUCUGUGCCAUGAAGUUUUACUUGAGUUUUAUUGUUUUUUAUGCCGGGGCAGAAGUGGGUUAUACUUUAUGAAUAACACUUUGAAAUGUGAUUUUAUUUCCAUAAUGAUGAUUAUUGUUAUCAUCUAUUUUAGAAACCAAACAGGGGGGUGGGGAGGGAUUUGUAUAUUAUUUUUAUGUUUCAGAUAAGAUUUGUCUGAAAUCCCUUUGAAAAGACUGUGCCAUUUAAUGUUGCCCCAGAAUAUUUCAGGUUGAUUUUAUCGGCCAGCACCUACAUAUUUAUGUUCAAUGAAAGCAUAUUCACUAUGUUUUCUCCCUUUUUGAAUUUUUGCUCCAAAAAAGUACAAUUAUAUGCAAGGAUUUGGAUUGUUAUGCAAGCAGUCGAAUGAUUCCCUUCCACGUUUCGGUGCGGUUGCUGUGAAAGGAAGUUGGUCAGCCCGCCAGCUGCCUUUCCCACCCGAGGUUUUCUGUGUGGCCUUCGAUUCAAGGGAUGAUAGCGACCAAAUAGAAUUUCAGGGAUUUCCGUGUGAAACAGCGCUCUCCUUUAGGAAGAGAGCGCUCUCGGCCUGAUGUUGGGAAGGGCCAGCUUUCUGAAAAAGGAUGUUUACGAGAGCAGAGGAGCUCGAGGGUCAAGAGUAUAAGUGUCCAUUUGCCUUAAAACUGGAUUCUAGAGACAAAGAAGGCCUUUUAAAAUGUUAGAAGAGCAGCUGUUAGUAGCCCGAUCUCAAAUCUCCGUGGGGUAAAAGCCCAUCUUCGGAACUCGUUUUUUUGGUGUCGAAUGCAGAGAAACCACACGUGAUCUCCAUCAGACACUGGUUUGGGGGUCCUCGGAGGUUCUUUCGGGAGCAUUCUGGCCCCGACAAUGGCUUUUCUUUUUUUCUUCAGUUUUUAAAAAUGGAAGAAGUCAGUGUUGAGGUGGUUUCCCAGGCUGCCUCUCCAUUCCCCACCAUGGCUAGCCACAUGUAUCCCCCACUGACUUGAAAGGCCAGUCCUUUCCUUCUUGGAGGAUAACAUUUUGCACGUUACGUUUGUUAUCAAAGAAGGAAAGAAGGGAAUACAUCUAAAACUCAACCAGCAAACUUCCCCGGGCGAAUAGCCUGCGUUCGACUCCCGAGGCCCCGGCGGCUCUUCAGGCUUAGGAAGUAGGAAUGCCAAAGAGACUCGCGACUUCUCCCCAGCCUUUCACGCUCCGAAGCCAAGGUUUGCAUGCACCCCUCUGGCCUCGGGCCAGGAUUCCCUACGAGUAGCAGGAGUGCGUCCCGGGGUGGGCCUCGGAGUCAGGACUGGCAGGAUGCGGAAAAGGGGCUCGUUGGGCUCUGCUCCGACUAGGGUGGGACCGGCGACGAGUGCAUCCGUCGGUGAUGAUGUCUGUCUGUCCUGACGACCGGGAUCAAGUGGCCCUUUGGUGUAGUAGCUGAGGCAGCCAGUGCCAGGAGGCGGGCCUUUUUCUUGCCUACGCAUACAGUAGGACCAUAUAACAAUGAAAUGCCACUGAAUAGAACUGACGGAAACGGCGCCCGCUCUCCCUCCCCACCCCUCCCUGGAAGAGCUGGGAAGGUGUUUGUUACUGCCAAAUAAAAGACUGAUGGUACCCCUUA